AUGUCAUUGUCAGACGACGAAAGAAAUGGCGUGUUCGACAUUGACGAAGAGCUCGUGCCGGUGCGGGAGCUCAAGCAAGCUGCCGUCAUGGAAGUGGACUUUGAUGGCUUGCUAAAGACACCCCUGAGGUUGGAAGAAGAUCUCAAGAAAGGAUGUGGUGUCNUUGCCGUUGCUCUGGGUUUCCAACUCGACCAUUCUCUACAUCUCACCGACCAAAUAUCCAUGCUCGCCUUGAUGCAACGCAACAUCGCACUCAACAACCUCCAAGACCAAGUCAAAGCAUCAAUAUACGAUUGGGGUGAGCCCGCACCAGAAGGCAUACCCCAACACCCAGACAUCAUCUUAGCUGCCGAGUGUGUCUACUUCGAACCCGCAUUCCCUCUCUUGCAACAAACGAUGAAGGAUCUUAUUGGACCAAACACAGUCUGCUAUUUCUGCUUCAAGAAACGCAGACGGGCAGACAUGAACUUUGUCAAGGUGAUGAAGAAGAUGUUUUUGGUCGAGCCUGUCGAAGACGAUCCUGACAAACCGACGUGGUCGAGGGAAAAUCUUCAUUUCUUCAAAGUCACUCUGAAGCAGAAGAAGAGCCAGUAG